AUGACCAACUCAGAGCAAUUACGCUUGGGGGGCAUCCUUGCAAAAGUUUGCAAGCGUCCAGAAGACGUCGAUGUGGGAUCAUUGGUUUGUGAUGCGGUCAAAUCCGAGUCCCGAAAUCAUUGGCGGGCCGAUGGUCUCUGCCCAACGCUUGUGUGUAAUUCGAAACCAUAUCUUUUUUGUCAAGACCGUUUGCUGGAAUCGCGGCGUUUGAUGGCUUUGCAUGGCUUCGACCCAUUUGAUAUAGACUUGGACAAUUCCCUCAGGUUCUUCCGCAAGUUAUCAGGAAACGCAAUGAGCAUUCCUGUGAUUGGGGCCUGUCUCCUCAGCGUAGCCCGGUUGAGCGUGUUUUCGCUUCCCUGGGGCAUAGCAGUUCCACGUACGCAGAUGAUGAUGCAAACAAUGGCACAACGUCUGCGCCGGAUUCUGAAAAUGAAUCUGUGCGCGAGUGUAGUCAAGAAGAAUCUGAAAUUGGGUCAUGAAUUUGGCCCCCAAUGA